CAUUUGGGGGAUAUCUGUACUGUCCCUACAUUUGGGGAUAUCUAUACCGUCCUUACAUUUGGGGGACUGUACACCGUUUUUGGGGUCGUGACAUUUGGGGUAUAUCUGUACCGUCCUGACAUUUGGGGGAUAUCUGACAUUCUGACAUUUGGGGAUAUCUGUACUAUUCUGACA